GUAACUUUAAAGCGGAAUAUUCAAGAAUUAGCGGUACAAAGAGGGUUAUCGUUAUUCUGGGCUUAGCAUGGUUACUGGUCCUGAUGUGUUAUGAUGGUUUACCGCAGAUUUAGGUAAAAUAAUACUGCGGUGACUAGAUGAUUAACUUAUCAACCGCCGUAUUCUGUUGUACAUAUGAAUUUUAUUUACAACAGACUGAAAGCUGCCGUGAAUCAAAUUUAAACAGUUGAUCAAAGCAAUUCGUUAUAUAUGUCUUCUGAAUUCAGUCCUUCCAUGUAAGAACUUAAGUCAUACAGCUUUUGUCCAAAAAUGAACCAAACGCCUCAAGAACGCCUGGAUGCUCUUCUUAAGUCUGCUGAGGACUUCACCAUAAUUCAAAAUAUUGACAUUACUCAUUAUGCACGGUUUAUUCGAUCGAUGUUUCGCUUAUCUGUUCAGUUUUCAGAAGCAGGUCAGAAAGAAAAAGCGUACAUAUUAUCCAUUAGAGCUGUUUUGUGUAUCCGAGAGUUGCCUAAUCACAAGGGUUAUCAAAGAUUAGAUCUGCGUACUCAAAACGAACUCCAAAGUCUUGGUAAAUUACUUCCAAAGUCUGCUGAAUUCUUGCGAGAUGAUUUGAGGAAAAAGUACACAGAGGAGUAUGAGCAAUAUAAAAAGUCACUAAGCAUAACUGAAUGGACAUUAAAUACUAAUGGGGCAAUAGUACCGUUUCUUGAUCGCAGUGCAGAACCAUUUGAUAACUAUCCAGUUGAUCCCAAAUCCUAUAGCCUUUCUGUGUCCAACUCAUCGUCAUUGAACGGCACAUUAUAUCCUGCUUUUAAUAAAACACUCGACUACACUGCCAGCGAGUUCCCAAGAUCGUUGUCCAGUAACUAUACAGGAGACUAUGGUUUAACAAAAACUUAUUUAUCUCGACGUUUAAUAAGUGAAUUUUUGAGCUUAGCUAGUAAAAACACUAAAGAAAAUCGAGAAACUUGCGGAACUCUGUGUGGGAAAUUAAUUAGUGGAAAUUUCUACAUUACAAACCUUCUGAUUCCAAAGCAAAGUGGUACUCCAGACUCCUGUGUUACAUAUAAGGAAGAAGAAAUAUUUGAGUACUUAGACAAAAGGCAACUAAUAACAUUGGGUUGGAUACAUACACACCCUACUCAAACUGCUUUUUUAUCAGCUGUUGAUUUACACUGUCAGUUGUCUUAUCAAACUAUGCUCCCGGAAGCAAUAGCAAUUGUAUGUGCUCCGAGAUUCGAUGACAUUAAAUGUUUUUCACUAACUCCUGAUCAUGGCAUUUCAUUUUUGUCAAAAUGCAAAAAAACAGGUUUCCAUCCACAUUCCACAGAUCUUCCAUUAUAUGAGCAAAGUCAACAUGUAAUAUUUGACGAUACUGUUGAACAUUCUUCUGAGGAUCUCCGAUAAUCUGAAAGUUAUUAUUUCUUUUCAAUGAGUUCUUAAUGUACAAAAAAUUCCUUAUAAUUUACCAGUUUCACUUCCUACUGAUUUUAAUUUAAGAAACUAUAAACGGUUCACAAUAUUUUUUUAACAAGAAAAAUACUCUUUCUUGAUUCCCGAAUGCAAUUUGUAAAUGUUUCUGUCACUCAAAUAAGUUUACUACUUGUAAAAAAGGUA